ACUACAACUCCCAGCGUGCCCCGCUCCCGGCAGGGAAAAGGCGGGAAAAACGUAGCGCCAGGAUGGGGAAGCGCAGGAGCCGUCCACUCCCAGGCGACAGGAAAUUCCACGCUCCCAAAGCCAAGCGGAUCCUUCAGGAAGCACCGGGAGAUCCUGCUGGGAUGGACCCCGAGGUCCCAGCAGAGGGAAAAACUCCCCAAACUGGGGUUUUUAACGUGAUUUUUCAGGAAGGGAGAGAUGAGGAAAUUGGAAGUGGCAGAGCGCUGGGAUCACCCAAAGAGGGCAUUUCUGAUGGGGUGGAAGAGAAUCAUCUGGAAGUGCCCCAGCUGGGAAUUUUAGAAGUGGAUGGGACAGGAGAGGAUGAGCUGCAGUCACCAAAAUCAGGAAUUUUGGAUGGGCCAGGAGAGAAUUAUCAAGAAUCGCCAAAACUAGCCAUUUUGGAGGUGGAUGGGGCAGGAGAAGAGCAGUUGGAGUCUCUGAAAGUGGGAAUUUUGGAUGGAACAGGAGGGGAUCAGCUGGGAUCACCAAGACCAGGAAUUUUGGAGGUGGAUGGGGCAGGAGAAAAGCAGCUGGAGUCACCAAAACCAGGAAUUUUAGAUGGGGCAGGAGAGAAUUGUCGAGAAUCGCCAAAACCGGCAAUUUUGGAGGUUGAUGGGGCAGGAGAGGAGCCCCCAGAGUCAGUGAAACUUGUAAUUUUGGAUGGAAUGGGACAGAACCGUCUGGAAUCAUCUCAGCAGGGAAUCUUGGAGGGGGAUGGAGCGGGAAAGGAGCAGUUGGAGUCGCUGAAAGUGGGGAUUUUGGAUGGAACAGGAGAGGAGCAACUGGAAUCACCAAGACCAGGGAUUUUGGAGGGGGAUGGGGCAGGAGAGGAGCAGCUGGAAUCACCAAGACACGGAAUUUCGGGUGGGGCAGCAGAGGAGCAGCCAGAGCCGGUGAAACCAGGAAUUCCAGAGGCAGAUGGGGCAGGAGAGGAGCUGCCAGAGCCAAACUGGGAGAUCCCCAAACUGGGAAUUUUGGAUGGAACGGGAGAGAAUGAGCGGGAGUCACCAAAACAAGGGGAUUCUGGAGCACACCAGGACACGGCGACGGACACGGCCCCUGAGGGAAGUUCAGAGGGGACGGAUGCAGCGGGAGAGGGGCAAGAAGGUGCCCUGGAGGAUGGAUGUGGCACUGGGAUUGCCCUGGGAAUGGACACGGGGCCACCAGACGGUCCCAGAGGUCCCCAGAGCGGUGGAGGGGACGCAGAGAGCAGGAAUUCCCAGAGUGGGAAUUCCAGGAUGGCCACACCAGGGUUAGAUCCAGCAGGAACCAGCGCCGAGCCCCAGGAGCAGCAGGAAGGGACCAGCCCAGAGCUCCCAGCAGAGAAGCCAUGGGACACCACUGGCCAGAUCCACACCGGAUCCACGCAGAACAGCCCAUGGGAAAGCGCCAAAGCCGCGGAGCUGGCGGAUGCCAGCGACGUCGUCCGCGGGCUGAUCCGGGAGCUCUCAGACCUCAACCGCCUGGCCAUGGGAGCCCGCCGAGGGCUGGAGCUGCUGAGGAGGCCGAAGCCACGGCGUGGCCGGAGGGCAGUGCCCAGCGGAAGCCGCUGGAAAGAGGGGUAGGGACAUCAGGAAUAAUAAUAAUUUAUUGAUGGAAGAGAUGGGAAUAAACCAACCUUUGUCUGGA